AUGGAAUGGGACCUGCUGACACUCUCCGGCCUGCAGACAAUGUAUCUGGAAGACCGCACCGUACGACUACAACUUUGGGAUACUGCCGGGCAAGAGCGUUUCAGAUCCUUAAUACCCUCCUAUAUUCGUGACUCCAGUGUCGCUGUUGUGGUAUAUGAUAUUUCGAAUGCAAAAUCAUUUCAAAAUACACGAAAGUGGGUGGACGAUGUUCGUGGGGAACGAGGAAAUGAUGUUAUAAUCGUGUUGGUUGGAAAUAAAACAGAUUUGAAUGACAAGCGAGAAGUCACCACAGCCCAGGGGGAGGAGGAAGCAAAAAAGAACGGCUUAAUGUUCAUUGAGACCAGUGCAAAGGUUGGCUAUAAUGUGAAACAGCUGUUUCGAAGAAUAGCACAAGCUCUCCCAGGAAUGGAGGGCGAGGCAGGAAGAGGAGAUAACCAGAGUAUGUUCCAUCACAUCAUCCUGUUGGUCAUCAAUUUCCAAAAGCUAAGCCAAAUUCUCUAUAGUGAUCGAUGUAAACAUCAACCCAGCCCAACCUGUCAGUAA